AUGCUGUCCAACAGGUGUGCCUCCCUGCAUCAGACGAGGAGGGAGGAAUGGAGGGUGACGAGAGAAGCAGCAGACGAGGAGGAGGAAUGGAGGGUGACGAGAGAAGCAGCAGACGAGGAGGAGGAAUGGAGGGUGACGAGAGAAGCAGCAGACGAGGAGGGAGGAAUGGAGGGUGACGAGAGAAGCAGCAGACGAGGAGGAGGAAUGGAGGGUGACGAGAGAAGCAGCAGACGAGGAGGAGGAAUGGAGGGUGACGAGAGAAGCAGCAGACGAGGAGGAGGAAUGGAGGGUGACGAGAGAAGCAGCAGACGAGGAGGAGGAAUGGAGGCAGACGAGGAGGAGGAAUGGAGGGUGACGAGAGAAGCAGCAGACGAGGAGGAGGAAUGGAGGGUGACGAGAGAAGCAGCAGACGAGGAGGAGGAAUGGAGGGUGACGAGAGAAGCCGCAGACGAGGAGGAGGAAUGGAGGGUGACGAGAGAAGCAGCAGACGAGGAGGAGGAAUGGAGGGUGACGAGAGAAGCAGCAGACGAGGAGGAGGAAUGGAGGGUGACGAGAGAAGCAGCAGACGAGGAGGGAGGAAUGGAGGCAGACGAGGAGGAGGAAUGGAGGGUGACGAGAGAAGCAGCAGACGAGGAGGAGGAAUGGAGGGUGACGAGAGAAGCAGCAGACGAGGAGGAGGAAUGGAGGGUGACGAGAGAAGCAGCAGACGAGGAGGAGGAAUGGAGGGUGACGAGAGAAGCAGCAGACGAGGAGGAGGAAUGGAGGGUGACGAGAGAAGCAGCAGACGAGGAGGAGGAAUGGAGGGUGACGAGAGAAGCAGCAGACGAGGAGGGAGGAAUGGAGGGUGACGAGAGAAGCAGCAGACGAGGAGGAGGAAUGGAGGCAGACGAGGAGGGAGGAAUGGAGGGUGACGAGAGAAGCAGCAGACGAGGAGGAGGAAUGGAGGGUGACGAGAGAAGCAGCAGACGUGAUAUGACUUACGUCUGCAGCUGGGCAAGGGCUCUUCUCCGACCCGCCUUCUCUGUGUCGCUUCUCCUACCGCGAGCUGCAGCAGCCAGCAGGGUACUUCAAUGCGUCUUUCGCGUUGAAGCUGAGCAAGGGCAGCUUUAG